GCAGGGAAGAACUUUCCAGGAAAUAAACAGCACACUAAAAUUUCAACACUUGCUCAUUAGCAUUGCUUCCACCUUCACUUUUCUUCUUCACACAUUCUCUCAAUUAUAAUUAUUUUUCUUUUCUUUUCCUACAAUAUCAAUUCAAAGGGUGCUCAUAACAUAAAGAAUCUUUGCAAGAUUCAUGUGUGAAUGUCUUGUGAGUAAGAAAAAGGGAUAAAAAAAACAUAGCAUAAGAAGCAAUUCCAUUUCUAAUGUUAGAAUUCAUUCUCUCCUUUCCUUCAUAAACACACAACCAACUCUUCCCAACACGAAUCAUUAAUUUAUUUAAAUAUUUAAACUCAACCCCACCAUUCUUCAUUUUCUUUCAUCCAUACAAUAUAAAAAAAUAAUAAUUUUUUUUAGCUUUUUUCCUUACUAGAGAUCAGAGAAGAAAAAGAAGAAGAUGAAGAUAGGUAAGGUGAGAUUGGUGAUAUUGGUGAUUACAAUGAUGAUGUUGAACUUGUCUUCUUGUUCAGCUUGGUUUGGUAAUAAACGCAAAAGUGGAGGAAACUAUAUUCUACCAGAUGAAGCUAUGUCUUCAAGACCAAGUCUCAUGAACCAUGCUGCUGGUUCUUCAAUUGUUUUCCCUAUUUAUGGCAACGUUUAUCCUGUUGGGUUCUAUAAUGUUACUCUCAACAUAGGCCAACCACCAAGGCCUUAUUAUCUUGAUGUUGACACUGGUAGUGAACUCACAUGGCUUCAAUGUGAUGCCCCUUGUUCUCAAUGUUCUGAGACACCACAUCCACUCUACAAGCCUAGCAAUGACUUUGUGCCCUGCAAGGAUCCAAUAUGUGCAUCCUUGCAGCCUACUGAUGACUACACAUGUGAAGACCCUAAUCAAUGUGACUACGAAAUUAAGUAUGCUGAUCAAUACUCGACUCUUGGUGUACUUAUAAAUGAUGUCUACCUUCUCAACUUCACCAAUGGAGUCCAACUUAAAGUUCGGAUGGCGCUCGGAUGUGGAUAUGAUCAGAUUUUUUCACCUUCUACUUACCAUCCCUUAGAUGGAAUACUUGGACUUGGAAGGGGAAAAGCUAGCUUGGUAUCACAGCUGAAUAGUCAGGGACUGGUGCGAAAUGUGAUCGGACAUUGUUUAAGCUCGCGAGGAGGAGGAUAUAUCUUCUUCGGAAAUGUUUAUGAUUCUUCUAAAAUGAGUUGGACACCAAUUUCAUCUAUAGAUUCAGGAAAACAUUACUCGGCAGGACCAGCUGAACUUGUUUUCGGAGGAAGGAAGACUGGUGUGGGAAGUCUGAAUAUUAUUUUUGAUACUGGAAGUUCCUAUACUUAUUUCAACUCUCAGGCUUACCAAGCAUUGAUUACUUUGCUGAGUAAGGAAUUAAAUAGAAAGCCAAUAAAAGCUGCACCUGAUGACCAGACUUUACCGAUGUGUUGGCACGGUAAAAGACCUUUCAGAAGCUUAAAUGAAGUGAAGAAAUACUUCAAGCCACUAACACUUAGUUUCACCAAUGGUGGAAGAGUUAAACCUCAGUUUGAGAUUCCUCCUGAAGCUUAUCUUAUAAUAUCAAACAAGGGAAAUGUUUGUCUGGGCAUUCUAAAUGGCCCUGAAGUAGGGUUGGGUGAACUGAACCUUAUUGGAGACAUAUCCAUGCUAGACAAAGUGAUGGUAUUCGACAACGAAAAACAGUUGAUUGGAUGGGGACCAGCAGAUUGCAAUGGUGUUCCAAAAUCCAGAGAUGCCAGUUUAUGAUCAUAAAAAAAGUUACUAAUUCAAGCAUCUAUGACUGAUAUAUCAUUGAGAGAGAGUAGACCAUGAAUUAAUGCAGUUUAUAGAGCAGGGUGAUGGUAAACACUAAUGAAUCAUUUUCAUGGUGUGAUGCUUAUGACUUGUGUAUAGUGUUAUGUGUAUAAUGUUAUCUUAUGAUGAUUGUAGAAGUUAUUAUAUUAGUCAUAUCACAUUAGUAUGACUACAUUAACCUGAGGAACUUAUCUAGAAUUA